CGCAGCCGUCGGGAUGGAGGUGAGACGGCAGCCGUGAAGCCCGCCCUCGUACCCCUGCACCGCAGCGGCCCGCAGCUCUCCCCGCCCCCCGCCCCCGCGGCAGCGGGCCUUGCCGUCGAGUGACUGCGGCCUGGGGGGGCAGGGGGGGCGGGGACGGCCGGACCAGCGAUGCCGGCGGGCAUGACGAAGCAUGGCUCGCGCUCCACCAGCUCGCUGCCGCCCGAGCCCAUGGAGAUCGUACGCAGCAAGGCGUGCUCACGCCGGGUGCGCCUCAACGUCGGGGGACUGGCGCACGAGGUGCUGUGGCGCACUCUGGACCGCCUGCCCCGCACGCGGCUGGGCAAGCUCCGGGACUGCAACACGCACGACUCUCUGCUCCAGGUGUGCGACGACUACAGCCUUGAGGACAAUGAGUACUUCUUCGACCGCCACCCGGGCGCCUUUACCUCCAUUCUCAAUUUCUACCGCACGGGCCGCCUACACAUGAUGGAGGAGAUGUGCGCGCUGAGCUUCAGCCAGGAGCUGGACUACUGGGGCAUCGAUGAAAUCUACCUGGAGUCCUGCUGUCAGGCCCGCUACCACCAGAAGAAGGAGCAGAUGAACGAGGAGCUGAAGCGCGAGGCCGAGACUCUGCGGGAGCGGGAGGGCGAGGAGUUCGACAACACGUGCUGCGCCGAGAAGAGGAAGAAACUGUGGGACCUGCUGGAGAAGCCCAAUUCAUCGGUGGCCGCCAAGAUCCUGGCCAUUAUCUCCAUCAUGUUCAUCGUCCUCUCCACCAUUGCCCUGUCUCUCAACACACUGCCUGAGCUACAGAGCCUGGACGAGUUUGGCCAGAGCACGGAUAACCCACAGCUGGCACACGUGGAAGCGGUAUGCAUUGCGUGGUUCACCAUGGAGUACUUGCUGAGGUUCCUGUCCUCGCCCAAGAAAUGGAAGUUUUUUAAGGGCCCUCUCAAUGCCAUUGACUUAUUGGCCAUCCUGCCCUACUAUGUCACCAUCUUCCUCACGGAAUCCAACAAGAGCGUGCUGCAGUUCCAGAAUGUGCGCCGCGUGGUCCAGAUCUUCCGCAUCAUGCGCAUCCUUCGCAUCCUGAAGCUGGCCCGCCACUCCACCGGCCUCCAGUCUCUGGGGUUCACACUGCGCAGGAGCUACAACGAGCUGGGCUUGCUCAUCCUCUUUCUCGCCAUGGGCAUCAUGAUCUUCUCCAGCUUGGUCUUCUUUGCCGAGAAGGAUGAGGAUGACACUAAGUUCAAAAGCAUCCCUGCCUCCUUCUGGUGGGCCACUAUCACCAUGACAACCGUUGGGUAUGGAGACAUCUACCCUAAGACUCUCCUGGGGAAAAUCGUGGGCGGCCUCUGCUGCAUCGCUGGGGUCCUGGUGAUCGCCCUUCCCAUUCCCAUCAUCGUCAAUAACUUCUCAGAAUUCUACAAGGAGCAGAAGCGGCAGGAGAAAGCCAUCAAGCGGAGAGAAGCUCUGGAGAGAGCCAAGAGGAAUGGCAGUAUCGUGUCCAUGAACAUGAAGGAUGCCUUCGCCCGGAGCAUCGAGAUGAUGGACAUCGUGGUGGAGAAAAACGGAGAGAGCAUGGCUAAGAAGGACAAAGUGCAGGAUAACCACCUGUCUCCCAACAAGUGGAAAUGGACCAAGAGGGCACUAUCUGAGACCAGUUCAAGCAAGUCCUUUGAAACCAAGGAGCAGGGGUCCCCUGAGAAGGCCAGAUCGUCUUCUAGUCCUCAGCACCUGAAUGUCCAGCAGUUGGAAGACAUGUACAAUAAGAUGGCCAAGACGCAGUCCCAACCCAUCCUCAAUACCAAGGAGAUGGCACCGCAGAGUAUGCCGAAGGAGGAGCUGGAGAUGGAAAGUAUGCCCAGCCCCGUGGCCCCUCUGCCCACACGCACAGAAGGCGUCAUUGACAUGCGGAGCAUGUCCAGCAUCGACAGCUUCAUCAGCUGUGCUACGGACUUCCCUGAAGCCACCAGAUUCUCCCACAGUCCUCUGGCUUCCCUCCCCAGCAAGGCUGGGGGCAGCACAGCUCCAGAGGUAGGCUGGCGGGGGGCUCUGGGUGCCAGUGGUGGGAGACUCAUCGAUGCCAACCCCACUCCUGAGGCCAGCCGCUCUGGCUUCUUCGUUGAGAGCCCCAGGAGUUCUAUGAAGACCAACAACCCCAUGAAGCUCCGAGCGCUCAAGGUCAACUUCAUGGAGGGCGAUCCCAGCCCGCUGCUGCCCUCUCUGGGGAUGUACCACGAUCCUCUUAGGAACAGAGGGGGUGCAGCAGCUGCAGUCGCAGGACUGGAGUGCGCCUCACUCUUAGACAAGCCCGUGCUGAGCCCAGAGUCCUCCAUCUACACCACAGCAAGUGCCAGGACACCCCCUCUCUCCCCCGAGAAACACACAGCAAUAGCAUUCAACUUUGAGGCGGGCGUCCACCAGUACAUAGACACAGACACAGACGAUGAGGGGCAGCCGCUCUACAGCGUGGACUCCAGUCCUCCCAAGAGUAUCCACGGGAGCACCAGCCCCAAGUUCAGCAUCGGAACUAGAACAGAGAAGAAUCAUUUCGAAAGCUCCCCCUUGCCCACCUCCCCUAAGUUCCUAAGGCCCAACUGUGUCUACUCCUCAGAAGGGUUGACUGGGAAAGGCCCCGGAGCUCAAGAGAAGUGCAAGCUGGAGAAUCACACCUCCCCCGAUGUACACAUGCUGCCUGGGGGAGGAGCACACGGGAGCACUCAGGAUCAGAGCAUCUGAGCUGCCCACCACAGAAGGGAGUUUGCAGGAGAAAUCAAGGAGGGGGGAUGCUUGGCUUGCUGCCGCUGAGUUCUACAUGACCUCGGAGACACAAGGCCCCCCGCAGAGUUCCAACAACAGGAGAGACCCUGAGAGCCAUGACAGGUCUAUGGGACACAUAACCAGCCAAGUCACGGGGACCAUACCUCCUAACAGCACCUUCCAGAGAUGAAAUGAGCAGAGCUCACAGCCACUAAGACCUAGCCUAGGCCACCCACUUCCUAGUUCCCUCUUGAGGCUCUCCCAACCUCUGAGUGUGCCAUCUCCAUCUCUGGUGGCUUCAGCUGGAUGAGGACAUUGGAGCAAGGGGCUGCUAGCAAAAGAGUGGGCUGACCAAGUAGUACUGGUGUUGCCUAGCCACCUCCAAGAACACCUGCCCUCCGUGGCAAGACCGUGCCGUUAGAAGGGUACAGGGGACACUUUGAUCGUGAGGAAUCCUCUGCUCUAUCGGUCAUGGUCCCAGCGCAUAACCCGUAACCAGGCAAGCGGCUUGAAUGAGUCAGGAUUCUGUGGCACCCAGGGCUUUAUUCUAGGACGCUGUCAGGGUGAGCUGACAAUUCGGACUCCAUUCUUUCUGCCCACCUGGCAACCGAGGAAGAGUUCAGACAGUUGGCAUGCAGCCAGGGGGAUAAACCAGACCACCGCUCUUAGGGCUGUCACAGGAAUGAGCGUUCCAGACAGCGCCUAGCCUGAACUCAAAAGAUAGGUGAGCGUCAAAUAUGCAAACAAGAUAGAUUAUUCAAAGAGACUGUGUGGCUGAAGAACGGCAUUAAAAAAUAAUAAAUUUCAUUUUCUACAUGAAGAAAAAGAAAAGAAAAAGAAAAAAAACCAGAGCCCUCCCUGAACUGCCCUGUGCAGGCUUUUGACGACUUUUCGUUGUGGCGGGGAACAUAGGAAUAUACCUACUAUGAGAGAAGUUCUUUUUUUGUUUUGUUUUGUUUUUGUUCUUUUGUUUGUUUCCUGUGGUAUUCAAACUAACAAAUAAUAAUAAGUUAAUAAAAGCACUUUAUGUUUUUCUAAUAGGUUCUACCAGGGACAGUGUCAAGAUCUUGCACUUUAAAACAAGCACUAUUUCCCAUGGGCCGCAUGGUGGCCCUGCACUUGGGGUGUUACUUGUGCCCCUUUCUGGCCACACUGGGUCUCACUGUCACCACAUUAGAGUCCGGGGCUCCUCCAUGGCCCCUCAGGAUCACCCCUCAUCCCUCAUGGGUCAGAAGGGGUCCUCAGCCCUCGGGGCAGGGCUCUCUUAAAAUCCCAUGUGAAAGAGACACACAUGUCUCAGAAGGGCGCAGCAACUGGGGGUUGGGUAUUGUACUGUUCUUUCUUGUCAACCAGCCAUUGUGUGUUCUGUGUCCCUGUCUGUCCUGGAAGCCUGACGCUCCUUCCCGCAGCCAUCUAGGCAGACGGCACAGCCAAAAGCAAUAAGUACCCGUGUGUAUCCCUAGAGGUUCUGACAUACUUCCUGGUGUCAGUCUUCCUGUCCUAGCUUGUUGACCUGGCGUUGUCCUGCCUACUUGUAACCCAGUGGCACGGUGUUGUUGACCCUCCUCAGUGACACCAGUCCGCACGAUACUGUAGCUAUGGCUUGUCUAUCAGUAAAGAUGGUGUUAUCGGUCAGCCUGUCGGUAGUACACGGAGCAAUGUGGUUUUCUUACUAUAGUGGUAGUGGGUAAUGUCCCAGAGGCUGUAGUGUCCUCCUUUCUGUCCUCAGAACAGUGACAGGCGUGUGUCUUCCUGAUGGAGCAAUGACAUGGUAUUGAUCGCCUGUCCUCAGUAUGAUUUAUGGCUGGUCUGCCCAACAGUUUAAUGGCAUGAUCCACCCAUAAGCACAUUUACAUCCCAAUGUUCUGCCUCCCGUUCCCAUGGCUGAGGUCAGGCCACCUGUCACAGGAAGAACGCUCAAGGGUUAUUACAUCAACCUUAAACGAAGUGUCUUCUACGGUUUGUGACAGUUCUCAGCAUCUCCGGGGACCAGAGUGCUCUCCCUCCGGAGGGUGCAUUUGCUGUGGUUGGGGAAGACUGAGACUUCAACUGUCUCACGGGCCUCCAGAGCUUUCUCAAAACAGAAGCGAAGGGGUAGACAGUGAAGGUCACCCUGUUCAGCAGUGCCCUGGAGACAGCUCGGCCUGGUGCUGGGAGCCUGUUGCUGUGACCACGGGUUGGGUCCGUUCUGCUCACCAUCACUCAUGUCUCUUCUUUGUUUUUCCGUCACCCUAGAUGUCACCCAGCAGCACAGAUGUGAAAAUUCAGGGAAAACAAAACAAAUGCUUUUUGAUAAAAAGUAAAUCGUUGUGAUUUCCGAUUCAGAUAUUUUUAGAGCUAUCUGUAAAAACUCCUACUGAUGAUAGAGUCUAUUUUACAUAUCAGGAAGUAAACAUGUCUUAACAUAGCCAUAUAUAUAGCCAGAAGGAAGUUACCGCCCCCUUCUUCAAAUCAAGGCAUUUCAUUGGUUGGUUAAGCCGAAGGCAGGUGUACAGAAGAGAAAUGACUUCUUUCUUUUUAAGAAACACUUGGUGCGACUUCUCCUUGUAACCAAAGGCCCCUUAUGCCUUGUGUCGUGCAGGACCUGGCUGUCCCUUCCUCCUGCGUUUUGUCUGACCUUAAAGUAGCAUUUUACAGAGUCAAUGAAGGACGAAUUCAGAGUACCCCUUCCCAGCUGAAUAAACAGAGUCCGACCGAGUUCCUAUAGAAAUUCAACUCAGCGUAAACUAUGCGUAAAUGUUUUCUGCUUUGUUUUGGAUUUUGCUGGUUUGUUUUGUUGCUGUUGUUUCUGUUCUUCCCCACUCACAAGUGUGUGUGCCGUGGGAAUACAGCUUUUCCUCCACAUGUGACUCAAGUUAGUACUGUAAAUUUUCCUACCAGCCCUCCGCCUGCUAAAAAGGAACCGAGUUUCAUUCCACACACACCCAACAUGGGUACCUGCGUUUACAUGCACUGGGGAAGCUGGAGAAGGGUCACCAAGAUGAUGCUGAAUCUGACAGAUGGUUCUCAGUCAUGAAAAGGGAAGCCAGGGUGUGGAGGCAGAAGCCCCUGAACUUGGUGGUCCAUUUCCACCUGUCCUGAGCCAACCGGAGCAAAAGGAAGUGAGGUGCCCUGAAUAACAUCGAGGGCUGGAGGUGGAGAUUCACUUAUGGUCCAGUUGUGAAGCCAACAGAACUGUCAAGAACCCAGCGGAACUCGAGUUCCGGGAUCCAUCCCAUCAUCAGAAAGGGCAUUGGGCAUCUGUGUGCACCCAGAGGGGAGGACAGAUCAGUGCUCUCACCCUUCCAUCAUUGAUGGCCCCAAAACAACAGGUUUCGGGCUGCAGAUUUCUCUCUGGGAUUCCAUCUUAAGCACAUUGAGAGGAGAAAGAGAGAAAGGAGAGAACGGUGGCCAUCGAGAAGAGAGGAAAUGGAAGCCAUCCUUGAGCCACUCUGCUCGCUCCCAACAGUUGAGCCUCGCCUUCUGGUCCACCUCCUCUGUGUUCCAUAGCUGCAGCCUCAUCUCGGUCCCUUCUCCUGAGAAGAUCCACGUUUUUAAGAAGGAAGAAAAAAAACCACACAAGACACAACAGCAUCCUCGUCUAUACAACUGUAACGUACUGUCGACUUUUGUAAUUACUAUGCGUUUGUCUGACUCUGGUCAUGGCUGGAAUGUAUCUAGUCCAUGAACAAGGGCAUAUUUAAAAUUCAUCCCAGACAAGGGUCCCUAAAGCCAGGUUCGUCUAUAUAGCUAGAUAGACACAGAGAUAUAGACACAGAAAUAUCUCUUCCUUAUUUCUCUGCCAACUUUUCUCAAGGAAAGAAACCACAGGUUGCGCUGAAUCAAAGAUUGCACAGGCAAGCUUCUAGAGCAUGCUUCUUCGGAGAUGUGCUUUGUGCGUGUGUAGCUGAGAAGUUGGCAGAAGAACGAGGGGGAUUGCCAGGUCGCCAGAAGGACAUUGGAACACUCCAGCCCCAGGCAUUUCCUAACCUAUUACUGUUUCUAUGACAACACUCAAAUGCUUUCAUGUCACCAGGCCAGGGCCACCCGAACCAGCCCUGGGCACACCUGGAAAUAAGAGUUACCUCUGCAUUUUCUGUUGCCAUUGUUUCUGGCUCUAGAAGUAUCUAUAUCCUAGGACGUCCACACAUCUCAGAGUAGUCUAUUUUUUUGUUCAGAUAAAAUAUAUAUAUAAUAUGUAUUUUUAGUAUAUUUAUAAUAGGACAAUUUAGUCUAAUUUCUUUUGUAACAGUAAUAUUUGGGGGUUUUAUCGUUGCUCAUUUGCAUAGCUGGUCCUUUCUGCUCCCCAUUAUUCCUUCCCACUGUCCCUUGGGCUGUUUUUUUUUUUCUUUUCUUCUGUUGGAUUCUGGUUCUCUGGAGGUGAGGAGAGACUGAGGUUUGACAUCCUUGAAGACUGAGCUCCUGGCCUCGGGGGGUGGGGAGGAUCUGUGUUUUUCCUCAUCAGAUCUGUGUCCCCCUGAGUUCCUGGCCCCCUCGGUGGGGGGCGGGUCAUUGUGUCUUUCUUCAUUAGGUCUGUGUCCCCCUGGCUGUCACUCUUAAGAAUCCAGGUGUUCAGGAGCAAGCCAGGUGAAGCAGAGGUGUAGUUGGGACCUGGGUUGCCAGGAGCUCAGGCCUUACCCUCCCAGGAUCUUAAAGGACCGAGCUUUCUGGUUCCCCAAAAUACUGGAACCAAGACCCUCCUGCAAACAAACUUGCUUCCGAGCAUCACUGAGCUCUGGAACACUCCUGAGUCCUCUUGGCCAGGCCACCCCCAUCUCUACCAUCCUGCUUCCCAGGGCCACCAGCUGGAUCCAGGGACCAGAGCUGUGCAGGCUCUGGCAAACCUCAGAGAAUGAAUGUGCUGCAUCUCCGAUCCAUUUCUCACAGUCUCACCAAAAACCAGUGACCAGACAGCCUUCUAGCCAAAAACUGAGGCGUGACAGCCCAAAGCUGCGAUUGUCCUGCCCAGCCCUUCCCAGCAGCGCCAAGUGUGAGUAUUUUUCCAGCUUCCGCUUUUCCAAACCUCUAGUCCUUGGUCAGUUCUGAACAUUCAUAUGUGAGGCGAUUUUGAGCCUGGGGGCAGGUGAUGGGCAGACACCACGUGGAAUCAAGGGGUUCUUCCAUCAGUCACCUACUUGGGACAGCAAAGAAAGCCAACCAGACUGCCUCCCAUGCUCAACAGGUCACCUGCCUGCCUCCGCUUCACCAGCAUCAGAGAUUUGGAUCGAGCCAGGACCUACCUUCUCCAUCUCUAACAGUGAUGGUGUCCCCAACUGAAAGAACCCCAAGAGGAUGCUAACCCAAACACAAUUCAUUAUCCUGAUGGUUGGAUUUUCUUUUCUUCCCUUUGGUUUUGUUCUGUUUUGUGGUGUUUGGAAUCUAACUAGGGCCUUGGCUGUGUCGGACAAGCGCCUGACCCCUGAGCUAUAUCCAGUUCCUGAAUGUAUUAUUUUGGAAUGUGAUUCUAAUCAGUUUCCCCAACCCUAAAAUUCCUGGUAGUCUGGUUUGUUCCAGAGCCAAAUAAAACAGACAAGAUUUUGUUUUUGUGUGUGUGUGUGAGUGUGUGUGUGUGUGUGUGUAACUUUUGCACAAGAACAAAAUUAAAAAGUACUGUCCUGUUAUUUCCCAGGUUUCCUACCCAGAUAAGUAAGCACUGGCUCUCUUCCCAAGAAAGAGGGGGUAUGCUCUGAUCCUCUUUCCUUGCCGUAGAAUUUCUCUAGAAAUUUCCAAACGGCAAUUUGAAUGGAAUUUGGAAGGGGCUGUUAGUCAAGUGAGCUCUCUUCUCCACAUCUAGCCCUACCUCUGUCCCCCUCAGCCAAGGUCCUGAAGCUAACAGGAGAACAUGGGCAGGGAGUUGGCCCAAGAGAGUAGCCAUCUAACGUGAAUUGGUCAAUUUCCACUUAAAGCCAGUGAGCCCUUUCUCAUAAGUCAGCUGAUCUGCUCAUAGAAUGCAAUGCAUGCUGGGUAAGGAGCUCCUGACUACCCACUGUAUUGCAGGUAUUCACAGAGAGUCUAGAUAAUACACAAAUGGGCCCUGGCAUAAUCGCAAAACUGGACUGGAAAUUCAAAGCAAUUCUUUCUUGGUGUGUGUGUGUGUGUGUGUGUGUGUGUGUGUGUGUGUUUGCGUGCGCGCGUGCUGCUGUCCAUGGUCUUAUGUGCACAUGUUGGUAUCUGCAUAGGUGUCUUGAACAUUCUGGGCCCAGGUUCAGGCCACAUAGACAAGGUCUUGGAGCACAGCUAGUGAGUGGGACCUAAGGUUAUAGGAUCGGGGCCUUCCCAGGAGGCACCAAAAGAAGAAGGUUGCAGCAGGGGACUCAACUCACAAGCCUGACCCUGUCAGUCAUUCACCUGGCCCUUUCCCUGGCCAGCAAAGGGUCAAUCCACAAAGUCCUACCUGUGGUUGGUCACCGCAUGGUGCUUCAGCCCCCUCCCCUAGAUCCUGUGCCCACCAAAAAGACGCAGUGAUCACCCCACAAGCCAGCCACCCACUGCCCAGGCAAUCCCAAAAGACGCCAUUCCAAAAAGGGCUUUUUGUUUCCCUGUUAAAUAAAAUAUUGAACCUAGUCAAGAUUUUCAAAGAUCUCUACCCGCAAAACAAAUUCAGAAAAAUAAAAAAGACUGAGGUAGCCGUAAUUUCCGCUUUCAAGAAACAAAGCUCCAGCUGCUUCCAAGAAGAGAGGCUGCUCCCCACAUCCAUCCUCAAAGGACCUGCCUCCUGCCAUUCACCUUCACUCAACACAGAGCUGGUGAACUCUUCCUCGCUGGGCAUGAUGGGUAUGGAGGAGGUGGCAUGUGAACUUCCUAGUGAAUCCAAGCCCAGGUGGUCUCAGUGGUUUUGAAAGGCAAGGUAGACCAGUAGGCCAAGGUUGGCUGAAUCACUUUCUUCUAAAACUGAAUUAAACAGAAACCAGUUUCCAAAAUCUCAGCCCACAGAAGUGUUGCCCAAGACACUCAGCUGCAGUUACAGUGCAAUUGGGGGGAAAGUAAGGAACCCCAAUUCUGUCCCACUUACAUGUGCUCCAAGCCACACACACAGAGCUCACAUACUUCCUGCCUCCCUAGGCAAAGCUCUGGGUAGACAGGGUUGCACAUAAGGGACCCUAAGGGUCUAACUCAACUGUGCAAUUCCCAGCCUCUGGGAUUCCCCGGGGUUUGAGACUUCUGAGACCAGCGGCAUCCACGAGCCAGAUUUAACUGUAGGGAGUACAGGGGAGCUAUCCUCUUUCUCUCUAGGUCUGUUCGGUUUGGGUCUAAGCUAAAGGUCAGGGAGCCCCCCUUUUCUGCACCAGAAGCUUGUGGCACACAAUGAUCAUUCGGCUUGUGUUUUGGAGAACGUGGAUGUGGGAGUGGGAAGUGGAUGGGGGCGUAGUAAAAAGGAGCCUCACCUGGCUCGGGGAUUGCUAACUGGGAAGAAAAGAGUGGGCCUUCCUUUCUCUCUGCACUGCCCCUGCUGAUCCCAUGUCUUCUGUGACUGUGUCUGGAGUCACAGUAACGCACACAUUUGAGGUUGGUAGCCUUGAACUGAUGGGGGCCAUGGUCUACUCAGAGCCUCUUGCCCUGAGACUGGCCAGCACCUGCUGCCUUCCUGCUUGUUCUACUUCAGUUUACAGGGAGGUCCCACAGAGACCACGGUAGAUAUCCAGUAGUUCAAGCCAAGGGUCCAAGGUAGGAGGCGGUCUGGGACUUAGCAAGAGCAGGAAGAUGGGAGCCAGUGUCUGUAACCAGAUCUCAUUUCCUGAGUUGUAAGAACCAAUGGUCUCUCCUUUUAACUGAGCCCCAAAGGCUCGCUUACAUUGACAAGCAUGCCAAUCCCAUCAGCUCAGACCCUCUGCCCCUCCCAGGACCCUAUAGCAUAAGGCUGGGGUUCUUCUGCCAGCAAAGCCAUUCUGAUUGCCCCACUCUCCAAGGGGGCCAAGCCAAUCAUAUUAGCCAUAAUCCACCAGGGUCCUCAGCCACUUUUCUUCCGGUUGUGUUCAUGGGUCCUGUUGAACCUUCACCAGUGGAAGGCUCUAGUCCUUCCUGUACAUGUGACAAUGUACAUUGGUGUGCAUGUGCCCAUACAUGCACACAAGAAAGCCAACCAAACCCCAGUGUUGUCUUCUGCAUGUGGUGAGAUGGACUUGUGACCCUUGUGUGACCUCCGGCUGCUGUCCUGUCUUGUAAAAAAAACGUUCACAUGUUUAAGAAUUUCCAAGCAAAUGGUCCCUUAAUGAAGUCUGCAGCGUUCAAUAAAAGAUCCGGAGAAAACAAGC